AUGUCAAGGAACCUCCCUAUUAAACUCUGCCAAUCUCUGAAGCAAAUUUUCCCAACCUCUGAAGCGAAUGUAGAUCUACCAAGGGUACCCCAUUUCUGGGAUGACGUGAAUGAGGAGUGUGGAAAAGAGAAACAGUCACCUAUCAAUAUUGUCACCAACAAAGUGGAGUACAAAGAGGACCUGAAGCCAUUUACUUUUGAAGGCUAUACCACCGAUCAGUCCUCCCUUUGGCUCAUAGAAAAUAAUGGGCAUACGGUUAAAGUAUCUCUUAGCGGAUCAGCCACGAUUGGAGGUGGAGGUCUUCAAAAUAAAUACAAUGCUAUCGAGUUUCACUUCCACUGGGGCACUAAGCUAAACAAAGGAUUCAGCCCUGGAUCGGAACACAGCAUAGAUGGAGAGAGAUACGCUAUGGAGCUUCAUAUAGUCCACAGGAAAGAGGGUUUGUCCACUACAGAGCAGGCAGUGGCCGAUCAAGAAGGUCUGGCCGUGCUGGGGUUCUUUAUAAAGACCGGUGCAAAAAAUGAAAAGUAUGAACCUCUAAUAGAGAUGUUAAAUGAAGUUGCUGUCAAAGGGUCUCAAAAAAAUAUGACGUCUUUGCCCCUGGAAUCGCUCAUUCCAGCUAAAGAGAAUCUCACACGUUAUUAUCGGUACAGUGGCUCCCUGACCACUCCCAACUGCUACCAGGCUGUCGUCUGGACAGUAUUUCAGGAGCCAAUCAUACUGAGUGAAAGUCAGGUGGAGAACUUCUUGGAGAAGCUUUACUUCAGUAAGGAUAGAACAUUAGAAAUGACUGACAAUUUCCGACCUGUUCAACCUCUCGGUGACAGAAUCGUGUACCGCUCUGAUGUCAGUGUCGUACAGCCUCCUGCAAAGGCUUUGUUGGUGGUCCCAACACUUAUCUACAGCCUGAGUCUUCUUUUCCAAUGAACACUUGCCAUCCAAUACCAGGUUUCUGGGAGGUUAAUUUUUUGUUUCAAGCACUUCUCUCCAGUUGAGAAGCCCUAGACUACAGCUGAUUGUACAACAUAGCCUUGGUGUUUUCCUUAACGCUUAUCAAUAGGAAUUUAUAUUUAUUUUUAUAUAUAUAUAUAAAAAUA